CGCCAUCGCCACCUGUCGCUAGAACAAGGAAUCGAUUCACAAAGUCUAUGAAUGUUGUCCUUAUUUUGUCUAUUUAUAACCCUUUCUUAUGUUCUUCUGGAUCGGAGAACUGAAAAGAUGUGAAUAAGUCUUUCCUCGUCCUCCAACAAGUUUAUAUUCAAGAACCACUUGUGUAUCUAAAGAUGGCGUCAUCGGCUGGACAAUCGGCCGCGAUGCCCCAGAAGUUCCCUCUUAGGCGACUUGAACAAACUGUUCAGAAGUUUAUCAAGAUUUUACAGAUCGAUCUGGAGAGACUUCAAAAACAUCAAGUUAACAUUGAAAGGUUCCAGCGUCUCGAAGAGUGGACGCAUCUCAACCGUGAGCACAUCAACUCGAGUCGCACAGUCCAACAGUUAAAGGCGAAUAUCCAGGAGAUUGAGAACACACGCACAAAGGUGCUGGACUCAGAUGUUGAGGCGUUUGAUAAGAAAAUAGAAAAUAUUCGCCAGGAGGCAUCAAUGAGGAUAAUCGAAUUCUUGAAUCUUUACGGGCAUGAUAAACAUUUAGAGAAAGCGAUUCAGGAACAAGGCUCGUCUCGUGUGGAUGUUGUGCCAGUGGUAGAGGAGAGGUCGAAUGAGAGAGCACAACCACAGAGUUUACCAGUGCAUUUAAUGUUGAUUGAGGACUCAAUCUCAGAGCCCGACUAUCAUCGCCAUGACACGCCCGAGUCAAUACAGUUAAUACAGCAGCAACAUCGACAACAAAUGGAGGCUGAGAGCUCCUCGGAAACUCUUCAUCAGAACCUUGUCGAGCUUGAUGGUUUGAUGACAGAUUUUUCCAAACUCGUGCAUGAACAGAAAGAAAAAGUCGACACGAUUGAAGACAAUCUGACUGAAGCUAAGAAGAAUGUGUCUGGUGGAACAAGAUUUUUAGCUCAGGCAGCCAAGUUGAAAACUGCCGCUUAUCCUGUCGCAGGUGCCUUAUUAGGUGGUGUAGUUGGAGGACCAGUCGGCCUGGUUGCUGGUGCUAAGCUUGGACUCGCUGCUGCGAUUGGUGGUGGACUGCUUGGCUUAACGAGCGGUGGUUUGAUAAAACGUCAUCGAGACAGACAAACAGACAUGGAGAUGAAGAAGUUGGAGAAUCGAUCAUCGUCGUGUCCGGAGAAUUUGGACAAAGUUUCCUAAGGAACGUUGAAACAGUGAUAAAGAACAACUAGUGAAACCAUGAAUGGUGCUGGAUGCUGGAUGCUGGAUGGAGUUGGAAGGUACUUAGGACAGGAGAUCAAGUCUAGUCUUGUGGUGGAGGUAACAGAGAGAUCAGUCUUCCUUGCUGGUCAGAGCUUUUAGCUGUGAGUGGCACCACCAGGUUGGGGGAUUCAAGGCCACUCAUUUUCACUCUAGUCUCUGUGAGAAACAAAAUGCUCUGCCUCUGCCAGAGCUCGUGAAAAUGUCACAGUUACGCAUUCUUAAUUGUGAAAAUGGUCUAUUUCUGGGCCUGAUAUGAAUGGACAUGUUCAUGGUUUUAAAGUAAGGUAAGGCAGUACACAUAUAUAGCCUACGUACAGUUAUUACCGUAGUGUGCAUUAUUGUCUACUGCCAGUUGUUUUAUACGCUGUCAAGGCUGUGUACCUGUGUUAUAACUCUACCUUUUUAUUGCAUAUGCAAUGAAAUGAUUUCUAAUUGAAGGUAUUUAUGGUAUAAUAAUUGUUCAAGGCAAACAGUGGUGAUUUAGAGAUCAGACUGGACUUAUAACCUGACAUAUACAUCGUGCAUGCAUCAUCCUCAAAGUGUAGCUCAGAUGUGUAGCUGCUACUUUAGUCUCCAUGACAACUGAUGUUAAGUGUUGCCAUGGGAAUGAUGGCACUAUAACACUUAGUGUUAGACUUUUAACUUUCUGCGGUAGAAUAUGUUCAUUGUUUUUACAGUCAAAAUGGCUCUUGCUUACGAAGCCUGCUCACAUCUAAGCCUGCUCACAUCUAAGCCUGCUCACAUCUAAGCCUGCUGACAUGAAGUGCUGAUGGUUCUUUGAAUAGUAAUGUUUGUUUCUGCUAUUGCAAGGGAAACAGCUGAUGACCUAUAAGUGUCCUGGUCUUGAUGCUGUCUGUCAUGACUUGAUGUCCUGCAUCAGUGGGUUCAACACAUCAGUUGACGCUCCUCAUUAAAGAGACAAAGCAGAGUGUCUGCACCGUCAUCUAAAAAACCUGUUAAAAUGUUGCUGUAUUUAUUUUCUAGUCUUGAUAAAAAUAGAUGUAAUUU